UCGGGCCCGAAAAUGUCUCAACCUCGCGACUCCGGCGCCCCAACGCUCCUUCCCGUUCGCAUGAGAACACACAGCUCCCGCUUCCGGGACUCGGCGGAAGUCCCGCCCCGCGCGCCCGCGCGCCCGCGCACUCACCGGCCAGGCCCGCCGACUGGCUCUCGGGGCCCGGGAGAGCCUGACGUCAUGGAGGCGCGACGCCCCGAUUGGCCGACAGCGACCCACGUCCGCCUCCCUCAUCCCGAGACAGUGACAACACCCCGUGACCGAAACCACCGCCCCCCAGGUCGACGACCCACGUCCCCCUCAACCCGGGAUCACUCAACCCCUCGACCCUGGACGGCGCCCGCUGUCCCCCGCCCCGGCGGUCGGCCGUCCUGGUGGAUGGAGGUCGGGGUGGGAGAGCCCCCCGAGUGUGCUCGCUGCGGAGAAGGCGGUCGGGUCGCGGGUGCCUUCAGUCGCGCGUCGCUACUCUGUCACCUGCGUUCUCAGAGAUUCCAAGGGGAGUGCUUAAGAUCCGGGUAUCUUCCCAAAUACAGAAUAUGUCACCCGCCCCUGACCCAAUUUAUGGGGGAGAAAAAAAUCAAAAGUAUGUGCACCUUUAAGCUUGCUGCCUGAUUUUUUUGUAUACCCGCUCCGAUUGAUUAUCGGAGGUAUAGACAUAUGUAUGAAU